UAAUACCUGGGUGCUUGAACGCGUCGCAAAGAUUAAGAGAUGUGAUGCGUGCGCCACCAAUAUGCUCAUCAGGAUCGUCAAGAGCUUCCCAUCGUGUGGAUGCUUCGAUGACGAAUGAUGUGGAAGAUGGGGCUCGAUCACAGCUUGAAGCCACGGUGGGAGAUGAUAAAGAUCUAUCCAUCAACAACUUAUCCCGAGAGCAUGCAGAUAGUUUAGAAGCUGGAUCUUGCGAAGUCCGGGUGGAAGAUGCAGGCGGAGGAGAAGCAACAUCAACAUGGAAAAGGAGGGUUAGGCUGUCAAAUGGAGAUGUUGAGAGAGAGUGGAGUGCAGAAAGGAAGAGCGCACUUGAAGUGACCAUAAGACGAUUCGCCGAGAAGAAAGAAGGCGUUGUAAUAAAUCCUAAAAUUGGUUUGUCCUUUGAUUCUCUGAACGAGGCUUACGAAUUUUACAACCUGUACUCGCGGGAAAUCAGAUUUGGGAUACGUUUUGCCAGAAGUCGUCUGAAUGUCAAACGAGCCAAAUGCAUGCAGGAGUUGGUUUGCGGAUGUGCGGGCACCCCAAUUAAGGAGAACGACAGAUCUUCUAGGUGUGGAUGUGAAGCCAAAAUUCGCCUCUUGCGUUCGUUUGAUAAUGGUUGGUACAUCAGCGAGCACCACAUUGAUCAUAACCACCCGAUGUCAACUACUUGUGGGCAGAAACUACAUUGGAAGUCGCACAAGUACAUUAAUACACACACUAAAGACUUGGUGAAGCAACUCAGUGAGAAUAAUUGUACCUGAAGAAGAAGGUGACAUCCAACUAUGUGGAUUGUUGUGUUCCCAUUGCCAACGUCGGUCUUGAUUUUUCGCACACCUUUCAUCAAACUGUCUUUGACAAGCCUACACCAGUUGUAGGAAUUUAUCUCCGACGGAACCACGAGUGCUGCCCAGUAAUCGACACUAGUGUAGUCGUGCUUGGCGCAUGGGUUCAACACAUGGCCGACUGAGAAGAUUACAAAUGCUAUCUUGAAGCAUUCACACUCAACUUUGCUUGAUUUCUCAUCUAUUGACUUAGAUAAGAUAAAUUCAGCAGCCUUCAAACUAUGCACUCCUUUUGUGCUAAUGGUUGAAGCCAACUCCUGCUGAACUCAAUACAAACCUCCAAUAAG